GGAGGGGCCCCGGACCGGGAUUCGCAGCUUCCCAUUCCCAGGCACGGAGACCAAACAUGGCGGAGUAAAAGCGGCGAUUACGGCGCUUAGACGGAGCAGGCAAAUCCCGGGAAUCCUGCUCACACUGCGCUGCGAGGGACCAAAGCAAACAGGCCCGCGGUUUAUGAAGAAGUGCGGCGGGGCUUGGACGCUCUGCGGCCCGUCCAGGCGAUCCUGUUAUUCGGGUUGCGUUUUAGCGCCCCGCUCGAUCGCCCGUCUUCCUCGGAUCAUUCCAAACAAGCAGACCCCCACCCACCCACCUAACACUCACUGUUCCCGGGUGUGGAGGCAUGGAUUGGGGAAGCGAGUAAGACGAGAAAGGGGAGAUAAUAAGCGCGCUACCGCAUCGGAAAGGAAUUCUGCAAAGACUGCGCCUCACCCGGAGGAAAGCCUGGGUUGAUGCAGAGCCUGGGGAACGGAUGACCGACUGAUGCCUUCGCCGCUUCCCGAGGGCACUAUGAUGCUGCUUGCUGUGACCCUGGUGGCCUUCAGUGCAGCUCAGGGACCUACCCCUGUCUCAGCUGUGCCAUCUGUGACCAGCAAGCCCUCCAUGGCGUUCACCAGUGUUACCAUGGCAACAACAUCCACUGGCAGCACCACGCCCACUGGGCCCAAUGCAGCCAGAGCAGCCCCCGAUGUCGUCACAGCAGGCAAUGGCGGGGACCGGCCCCCCCUCACCAUCACGACCCCGGUCCUUGGUUCCAAACCCGCCUUGGCGACCGUCGUCAUGGCGACCACUGCCCAAGCUCACGAUGGCAGUAUGGGGAGCGAGAAUGGCACCGCUGUGCCACCUGCCCGGACACCAGCACCUGAUACAUCCACCGAAAGCCCCAUGGCUACUGGGCCCCCCACAAAGCCCCCCGCUGGGCACAGCAUUGCCCCAACCACCACCUCCGCAGCAGAUGGAUCGGACACAGGCGACAGGGCGGUCAUCGCAGUGAUGGUGGCCUUGUCUUCCCUACUGGUCAUCAUCUUCAUCAUCAUCGUGCUGUGCAUGCUAAGGUUUAAGAAGUACAAGCAGGCCGGGAGCCACUCCAACUCAUUCCGGCUGUCCAACGGCAGAGCCGACGACACUGAGAUGCAGACCAUGCCCCUAUUGGCCCGCUCCCCAAGCACCAACAGGAAGUACCCGCCCCUUCCCGUCGACAAGCUGGAGGAGGAGAUGAACCGUCGCAUGGCGGACGACAACAAGCUUUUCCGGGAGGAGUUCAAUGCCUUGCCGGUAUGCCCCAUUCAGGCCACCUGCGACGCAGCGGCCAAGGAGGAGAACAAGGAGAAGAACAGAUAUGUCAACAUCCUGCCUUACGAUCACUCCCGAGUUCACCUGUCCCUGCUGGAAGGUGUCCCAGACUCAGACUUCAUCAAUGCCUCCUACAUCAACGGAUAUCAGGAAAAGAACAAGUUCAUCGCUGCUCAGGGACCAAAAGAGGAGACGGUGAAUGACUUCUGGAGGAUGAUUUGGGAGCAAAACACUGCAACCAUCGUCAUGGUGACCAACCUGAAGGAGAGGAAGGAAUGUAAAUGUGCCCAGUACUGGCCUGACCAGGGCUGCUGGACAUACGGAAGCGUCCGGGUCUCCGUGGAGGACGUGACAGUGCUGGUUGACUACACCGUCCGCAAGUUCUGCAUCCAGCAGGUGGGAGACGUUUCCGGGAAGAAGUCACAGCGCCCCGUCACUCAGUUCCACUUCACCAGCUGGCCGGAUUUCGGGGUGCCUUUCACUCCUAUCGGCAUGCUGAAGUUCCUGAAGAAGGUGAAGGCCUGCAAUCCUCAGUAUGCUGGGCCCAUCGUGGUCCACUGCAGUGCCGGGGUUGGACGGACCGGGACCUUCAUCGUGAUCGAUGCCAUGUUGGACAUGAUGGCAGCUGAGCGGAAAGUAGACGUCUUUGGAUUCGUCACCCGCAUUAGGGCCCAGCGCUGCCAGAUGGUCCAGACCGACAUGCAGUACGUCUUUAUCUUCCAAGCCCUGCUAGAGCACUACCUGUACGGUGACACGGAGCUGGAGGUCACAUCUCUGGAGUCCCACUUGGCCAAGCUGUACGCCCCUUGCCCCAGCGCGGGCUGCGGGGGCAUGGAGGCUGAAUUUAAGAAGCUCACCUCCGUUAAGAUCCAGAAUGACAAGAUGAGGACGGGGAACCUUCCGGCGAACAUGAAGAAGAAUCGAGUCCUGCAGAUCAUCCCAUACGAGUUCAACCGCGUCAUCAUCCCCGUGAAGAGAGGUGACGAGAACACAGACUACAUCAACGCCUCUUUCAUCGAUGGCUACAGACAGAAGGACGCCUACAUGGCGUGCCAAGGUCCCCUGCCACACACGCUGGAGGACUUCUGGAGGAUGAUCUGGGAGUGGAGGAGCUGCUCUAUCGUGAUGCUAACUGAGCUGGAGGAGAGAGGACAGGAGAAGUGCACUCAGUACUGGCCCACUGAGGGCACCCUGGUUUGUGGGGACAUGGCGAUCGAGCUGAAGCGCGAGGAGGUGUGCGAGAACUACACUGUGAGAGACCUGCUGGUCACCAACAACAGGGAGAACCGGUCCCGUGCCGUGAGGCAGUUCCACUUCCACGGCUGGCCGGAGGUGGGCAUCCCGGCGGAUGGGAAAGGCAUGAUCAGCAUCAUUGCAGCCGUCCAGAAGCAGCAGCAGCAGUCGGGAAACCACCCCAUCACCGUGCAUUGCAGUGCCGGGGCGGGCAGAACCGGAACCUUCUGCGCUCUAAGCACGGUCCUGGAGAGAGUGAAAGCUGAGGGCAUCCUAGAUGUCUUCCAGACGGUCAAGAGCCUGAGACUGCAGAGACCGCACAUGGUCCAAACACUGGAGCAGUAUGAGUUCUGUUACAAAGUGGUCCAGGAGUACAUCGAUGCCUUUUCCGACUAUGCCAACUUCAAGUAGGACGCGGAGCUCACAGACGGCCAGGUGGACGCCAUGGACACUGGCUGCACACGGCCUGGGCGCGCCGGCUCACCACAGGGGGGCGUGUGUCUGGAACAGAGACUGAGCUGUUGGUGUGGGCUUGGGGAGGCAAGUGGAGGGCGUCUGCCUUGGCGAAGCUAUGCUGGUUAGUGUGGACGUUCUGGACGUUCUGCCCGCCACGUUUGCUGUACAUAAGGCUGGCUCUGCGUUUCAUGUUUGUUUAGUUUUGGCCGGUCUGUGCAGGCAGACUGCAGUUUUACCCAUUUGAGCAUCUGUUUUUACAGUGUCUUGUUCUUGAUGUGUUGUUUGUGUGUGUGUGUGUGUGUGUGUGUGUGUGUGUGUGUGUGCGCAUGUGUCUGGGUCACUGAGUGGCUGUGAGAUGGGAUAUUUGUUGUUUAUGUGCCAAAAAUAAGACCAAAUGAAGCAAACUGCCCUUUUUAAGGGGUUAUAUCUAUGUUAUUGUACACAGGUAAAAAAAAAAAACACACACACACACAGGAUUCCAAAUGAGUAAGUGAAUCCACUGGACCAGCAACUGUCAGUUUUGCCAACCAUUGUCA